AUGGCCCCUCCACGGCGCAAUCUGCUUGCAAAGGAGCGCUUUGCCUUUGCAUUUGGAGGUUCCAAGACCCAGAGCUACCAUGACCCUGCAUCACGAGGGCCUGGUUCCCACACUAUUCGGACUCUCGCGUGGAAUCCUACAGGACAGUUAAUAGCCACGGGCUCUGCGGACCGGACUCUACGAAUAUGGAACCCCGAGCGGGCUGCGGUGCGAUACUCGACGGAAUUGCGCGGGCACACGGCGGGCAUCGAGAAGGUGGUGUUCAACCCUGUUCGCGACUCUGAGCUGGCUAGCUGUUCCACCGACGGAACUGUGCGCGUGUGGGAUGUGCGCUCGAAGGCCUGCGUCAGUCGGCUGGACGUGGGAGGAGAAGCAUUCACACUAUCUUGGUCUGCAGACGGCAGAGAACUGGUGGUGGGAAGAAAGGAUGAUACCUUGAUCCCCAUUUCUGUCCGAUCUCCAUCCAGCCCGAAUAUCACCACAGAUGGAGCCACAAAUGGCACAUCGUCGCAAUCAGCAAAUACCCGCAACACCCCGGCAGCGUCAUACACCAUCCUGGAAUCCCAUCCGCAGUCCGUCCAAACCAAUGCCACCACCUUCUCUCACCAUAUUCCCUCCACCUCUGCCCCGGAUCUCUACCUCUUCGCGACGACGGGUGAAGGCAGCGUGAAGAUCAUGUCCUAUCCGUCCUUUGACGUCCUGCACACUCUCCAUGCACACACCUCAGCGUGCCUGUCUCUCGCGCUGGCCCCGACAGGCCGCUACCUCGCCAUCGGCGGUAGCGACGCCCUGAUAUCCCUCUGGGACACAACCGACUGGAUCUGUAAGCGCACCGUCUCGAGCAACAACGGCGGGGCCGUCCGCGGCGUCAGCUGGAGCUUUGACGGCCGCUUCAUCUGUGGCGCCUGCGAUGAGGCCGGCUGCGGCGGCUCCGGUCUCGAGAUCUUCCACGCGGAAAGCGGCGAGAGCGUCUACACCGUCCCCACCACUGGCGGGAGCAAUGCCGGCAUCCCCGCCGUCGCGUGGCAUCCCUCGCGGUACUGGCUCGCCUAUUCAACCACUGCCGAUGGCCCGGGGAGUGCAGGCGCCGGGGGGUUGAAGAUUGUAGGCCCGGCGGGGGGGUCUCUCUGA